AUGUCUGCCCGUACCGUCUUUUCAACUGCCCGCACUCUGCUCCGCAGCUCCUCUUCUUCUCCUCUCAGAUCUCUCGUCUCCUCAAACUCUUCUAAGCUCGUCCGCAUGUACUCUUCCGGUGGCUCUUUUGAGUAUCUCAUUGUUUCCAAGCCCGCUGUUGGCGUCCGUCUCAUCCAGCUCAACAGACCUAAGGCUCUCAACGCUCUCUUCACCCCUCUCAUCACUGAGCUCAACACUGCCUUGGCCCAGGCCGAUGCUGACCCAGAAAUCGGCGCUAUCGUUAUCACUGGCUCUGAAAAGGCCUUUGCUGCCGGCGCCGAUAUCAAGGAAAUGAAGGACCUUACCGUCGCCACUGCUUACGGCAAAGACUACAUCAAGUCCUGGAGCGAUAUCAUUCACAUCACCAAGCCCAUCAUUGCUGCAGUCAAUGGUUACGCUCUCGGUGGUGGCUGCGAGCUCGCCAUGAUGUGCGAUCUCAUCUAUGCUGGUGAAAAGGCCGUCUUUGGCCAGCCUGAAAUCAAGCUUGGUGUCAUCCCCGGUGCUGGCGGGUCCCAGCGCCUGACCAAGCUCAUUGGCAAGAGCCGUGCCAUGGAGACCAUCCUCACUGGCCGCAACAUCCCCGCCGCCACCGCCAACGAGUGGGGCAUGGUUGCUCGCGUCUUUAAGCCUGAGGAUCUUGUCAACGAGGCCGUCAAGACUGCCUCCGAGAUUGCCUCUUACUCUCCUCUCGCCGUCAAGGCCGCCAAGGAGGUUGUCAACGAGUCCUUCAACCUUCCUCUCGAACAAGGAAUCAAGUACGAGAGAAGAAUCUUCCACACCCUGUUUGGCACCGAAGACCAGAAGGAGGGUAUGGCUGCCUUUGCUGAGAAGAGAAAGGCUUCUUGGACUGGCAAAUAA